AUGCCCGGCGAACAGGCCUCAUAUGUCACACUUGAUGUAUUUGCAUCGGACAGAUUCAAGGGAAAUCCACUCGCUAUUGUGAAGACUGGAGAUCACAAACUAUCGCAGCAGCAAAAACAGCAGAUCGCCAAGGAAUUCAACUUCUCCGAAACGGUUUUCUUGCAUCCUUCAGACCAUAAUGGAAGCCCCCGGGUGGACAUUUUCACUCCUGUUAAUGAAAUGGAAUUUGCUGGUCAUCCGAUCAUUGGCACAGGCCAUCUGCUUUUCCGGGAGUUGUUAGCCGAUGAUGCCAACGGUUCAACUAACUUGACCUUAACUACUAAGGCCGGGCCCGUCGCAAUAUGUUAUGACUCAACUAGCAAAGUCGUCUCUGCAGGAGUUCCCCAUAAUAUACACAUUCACCAACAAGAAGCGAAGCUCAGCCGGAUCCUCUCGGUCCAGGCGACUCUAGCGGCAGCAUCGGAUCUGCACGGCGUCAGAGAUACAUCACCUGUAGUCUCCAUGGUCAAGGGUGUCACGUAUGCACUAGUGGAUUUAACUGAAAGGGCGGAUCUUUUUGCUGGUCUUGUCCCCGGCCCAAGUCCCGAGCUUGAGCUUGAUGAGGGUUGGGCGCCAUCUUUCACCGGUGUUAUGUAUUACCAACUACUGAAAACUCGGAUAGAGGGUGACAUGGCCGUCUGGGAGCUUCGUGUGCGCAUGAUUGCUAUUAACUUGGAAGAUCCUGCCUGUGGAAGUGGCGGAUGCUCCCUGGGCGCUUAUAUUGCGCUAAUUAAUAGCCAACAGGGCCAGAAGCACCGGCUUUACAUUAAUCAGGGCUCGGAGAUGGGAAGAGAAAGUCAUAUUAUUGUGGAUGUUACGUUGAAUGAUGAGAGGGAUGCAGUGCGGCAGAUUGAACUUGCUGGUCAGGCAGCGUUUGUGUCAGAGGGGAGGAUAUUUGUAAACUAG